GAGUAGACUCUUGCAAGGUCGGAAGUGUCAUCCUUUUGCUGAUUCCAAAAGGGCCGCAUGUCGCAGCCUCCAGAGCGACGCAGUUUAGUGACUUUUACUAAAAUCUUUAUAGAGGAAAAUCUCGUUGUAUCUCAUGCCGAAACGCAGUACUCGUGUCCAUAUCAGAGGCUCUUGACAUAAUCUACUUCUUGGGGCACUCCUCCAACACCAGGAAAUGGAGAGAUGCUGAGGAAGUCUGCAGGAACCAUGAUGAAGGCUGUGGUUGUUCGCAAAUUUGGGGGGGUGAAGAACAUGAAGGUGGAGACGGACAUGCCCGUGCCGCAGGUCGGAGACAAUGAGGUUCUGGUCAGAAUGCAUGUCAGUGGGAUCAACCCUGUCGACACGUACGUCCGAGAAGGCAUGUACUCAGUCCUUCCUGAGCUCCCUUACGUGCCAGGAAAGGACGGCGCAGGAGUGGUAGAGGCCUUGGGGGCGAAAGUGACUAAAUUCAAGGUCGGAGACAAAGUGUUCUGCUCCUCCACCUCCCACAAUGGAACACUGGCAAACUUUUUCAGCACUCCUGAGACAUGUGUGUUCCCUCUGGGCGAGAGACUGAGCUUUGAAGAGGGGGCUGGCAUUGGCAUCCCUUACUUCACUGCCUACAGAGCCCUGGUGCAGAAAGCCAAGGCCAAGGCAGGGGAGCAGGUGUUGGUGCAUGGGGCCAGCGGGGGCGUGGGCCUGGCGGCGGUGCAGCUGGCCAGGGAGCUCGGUCUCCAAGUAGUUGGCACGGCUGGCACAGACGAGGGCCUGAGCUUGGUGAAGGAGGCUGGUGCUCAUGAAGUCUUCAACCACUGUGAACCAGAGUACCUCAAGAAACUGGAGGCUCAAAAGUUUGACAUCAUUCUGGAGAUGCUGGCCAACGUGAACCUCGGCAACGACCUGACUCUCAUGAACUCAAGGGGGAGAACAAUUGUGGUGGGGUCUCGAGGGCCCACAGAAAUCAACCCUCGCAACCUGAUGAUGACAGAGAGUAGCGUCACUGGUGUCGCUCUAGGCACUGCCACAGCUGAGGAGUGGGCCGAGCUGUCUGAGGCGGUGGUUGCUGGCAUUGGGGCCGGCUGGGUGAAGCCUGCUGUGCACAAGGUGUAUGACCUUGGGGAGGCAUCCCAAGCCCACCACGACAUCAUCCACUCCAAGGGCGCCCGAGGCAACCUGGUGGUGAGGGUGGCAGAGUGAACAGCUUCCACCCAGGCAGCCACUAGUCCUUCUCCACAUGAGUCUUGGAGGGAAACUCUUGGGCAGUCUUCCUUAAAACAAUUAAUGAAUAUUUUAAAUGUUCAGAAACAUGAUGAAGUAUCUGUUCAGAACUAAUUUUGGGCUUAGAACUAUUUAAAUUUAAACAGUGGGAUUGCAGCUACAUAUGUUUAUGCACAGCUUCUCCAUAUAACUUCUACUAUGCAAGUUAGAAGCAAUGAAAAAGGUACAAUAACCCUUUGUUCUUGUGAUAAAAACUAGUUUCUAUCCUUUAACUUAUCAUUAAGUCUAAUAUAUGAAUUUUUUCUAUAUAAAUGUACCAUUACAAGGGGUUUUGAAAUUAAUUAAAGGUCAGAUAUUUU